AUGUGGGAACCGGAACCGUUAAGACGCCAGGCACCGCCGACACUGAGGCUUGUUGGCUGCGAGGCUCGGGAGAGGGAGGAACGUGCUCCUAUUCCUGGGGUCCUGGACGGCUCAAGGUUUUUUCCAACUCUUCUUCCAAUCGGGUUUAUGAAGAUGGAGCAAAAGACCACAGUCACACUCCUAGAGCUUGCUGCAAAGAGUCUGCUGAGUAAUGAGCCUGCAGCUAUCCAUGCCCUGGGCGAAAUCCCAAGAGACCUCUUUGUUCCACUGUUCAACACUGCCUUCUUGGGUGGGCAUAAGAUGAUGCUAAAGGCAAUGGUGAGCCUUUGGCCUUUUCGCUGUCUCCAUGUUGGGUCACUGAAUGCACAAGAGUCAUGCUAUGACAUCUUGGAAGCCAUGGUUGAUGGUCUGCCGAUUCACCCUGCCCAGAACUCUUCCUUUUGGGGGCCCAAACUGAGGAUCCUAGAUAUAAGGCACGACCCAGACUGUGAAACAACAUGCUCUGAGAUCCACACCACACUCCCUUUCUGUACUCAGUCAUGUAUUUAUUCCCAGUGCUCUAUCCUUAAGAUAGAAGAAGCUCAGCAUGGUGUCAGGUGCCUCGGGAUUGGUAAUUCCGGGUCUGAGCCUCAGUCAGCUCAGGAACCCAUGGAAUUAGUAGUGGCUAUUUCCCUCAAUGGUACCUUGAGAACAGAGCAGUUCCACUCUUUCCUUUGUACCAAAGUUCAGCAGAGCUUUGGGUCCUUGCACCUCUGCUGCAGACAUUUGCAAAUCGAUGGAAUGCCUGCCCACAACAGUAUCCUGCAGUUUCUGGAUCUGGGGUGCAUUGAUCACCUGGAAAUGUAUCAGGCUUGUCUGAGUGAAGUCACCAGCCUUUUGGCUCGGAUGACCCACCUGAACAGCCUUAGUCUGUCCAACAUCCCCUUUACAUUUUAUAAGGGAAGGAAAUUCAGAUCUUUUCUCCACCAGCUUGGGCGGCUGGACAGCCUCCAGGAACUCAGCUUGGCCUCCUUCUGCCUCGCAGAUCAACUGCACAAAGUGCUCAGAGUCCUGCCACCUCACUUGCGCAUACUGUAUCUACCUUUCUGUGGCCUUUCUAACAGAGAUGUCACUCUCCUGUCCCAGAGCUCUCAGGCCACGCACCUAACGGUAUUGAAUCUCAGUAACAACCGGAUCUUCUCAGGAGUUUUUGAGCCCUUCCAGAGUCUGCUGGAGAAGGUAUCAGGCACCCUGCAACACCUGGAGAUAAAUAAUUGUAUGCUAACUGAUUCUGCUCUCUCUGCCAUCCUCCCAGCCCUGAGCCGCUGUACCCACCUCCGUGUCCUUAGCUUUGCCUUCAAUCCCAUUACGAUGCCUAUGCUCAAGAGCGUUCUGCAGCACUUGACAUCCUUGAUGAAGCUGAAGCGUGUGAUUUAUCCUGUCCCUGUCCAUUGCUACGAGGAAUGGAAUUUUCAGGACAGUUUGGACCGACAGAAACUUGCUGAAGUUCAGGCCCAGUUGCAGGCGAUGCUGCACGGGGCACAGCAGGACAACAUGAACUGGGUCACUUAUUCUGAGUGA